GAAAAGAUCUGCACCACUGCUCGCUGUGAAACUUGUUUAUAGAGAUUUUUAUAACCUUUAACAGCAAUAAGAUGCUUGAAGACAAGCCGUGAUGUCAGAAGUACAAUAGCAGGCCGGGCCUGAAAGGGUUUUGUAUAAUGCUGGUAAACCGGCCUGUCAUGAAGUCAGACAAGGGCUUUGGUUGUGAGUGUGUAGUGUCUCAGAGAAGUUAGAAAAUUCAAUAAGGUUUUAAAUAAUGGAUUGAUUUCUUUAGUUCAUUUUAGUUUUCACUGUGUUUUUACUCCUAAUGUUAUUAGGAUUGUGGUGAAAUGAAGGAUUAACACACAACAAGAAGGCCUGAUCUUCACACUGGAUUGAGACGCACGAUAACUCACCACCAGCCGAUCAGGAGGUUGGAGAUAUGCAGCCUCAGAGUCAGGGCUGAAAUAAAGAAACAUCUUAUGGACUCAGUGCUUCCACACUAGCAGCUGCUAGCACCAUGCUCCACCGGAAUAUGAGGACAGCCGGGGUGGAGCUGCCAGAGGUCGGGUCAAAAGAUGUUCCUCUCAUCGGAUACCGUUCCCUCAAACCGGAUGCUGGCGAUCCUCCUGCUCAGUGCCCGAAGCAGACGGAUAUCAGAGAACGUACCUGCUCUCAGGUCGACGCCUCCUCCAUGAAAACCACUUGGUACUGUCCACUCCUGUCCACCGUUUCUGAGAAGGAGGAGGACGGCAUCAUCUACACAGUGAUCGUGAAGCCACAACACCCCAAUACUCAGGCAUCAUGUCAGCGUUCGCAGUGUUUAAAAGCCGGGACAGAAGAGAAGCUGGUCCUUCACCUCCUCCACUCCUUCUCCAUGGAGGACACAUCCUUCAUCUCCAUCUUCCUCUCCACCUAUCGCUCCUUCACCACCACCGAGAGGGUGCUGGACAUCUUGAUGGACAGGUUGGCAAAUCCUCCAGGAGACAGCGGCAGUCCCACUCGUCACGCCUUCGACAAGGCAGUGUGCACUGUGUACAGCACAUGGUUAAGCGAAUACCCAGAGGACUUCCGCUCGCUGGCCGACCCUUCACGCCUGCUCCGCCUCGCGUCCCUGAUGCCAGACCAGACGGGGUCAGAGGUUAAAAGUCGGCUGCUAAACAUCGCAGAGGAGCUCAGGGGCAAAUCCCUGAUUUCUAACUCAACUUCAGAUGCUGCAAACACUUUUCUCCAAACAUCAUCUCCCGACCCUUCGCAAUUCGAUGCCACCAACAUCCUGGCUUUUCCCUCCAGCAUCAUAGCUGAGCAGCUGACCAAGAUCGAGACGGAGCUCUUUCUGAAGCUGGUGCCAUAUCACUGUCUGGGCUCACUGUGGUCUCAGAGAGAUAAGAAGGGCCACGAGGGCAUGUGCUGGUCAGUCAGAGCCACGGUGCGUCAGUUUAACCGCCUUGCCAACGCCGUUACAGCCUCGUGCCUGUGGCAGACGGAGCUGAAGACCCAGCAGAGGACACGCCUUCUGGAGAAAUGGAUCAGCGUAGCCGAGGCUUGCAGAAUCAGGAAGAACUUCUCCUCGCUGUACGCCAUUGUGUCAGCGCUGCAGAGUAACCCCAUCCACAGACUGAGAAAGACGUGGCAGGAGACAGACCGGGAGGCGAUAAAGCGUUACGAGGAACUGGCCUCCAUCUUCUCAGAGAAAGACAACUACUCACAGAGCCGAGAGCUUCUCAAAGAAGAAGGCACUUCCAAAUCCAACGUAGACACUAAAGUCAACAACAGAAGACAUAUGUCCAGUGCUCAGGGCACCGUGCCGUACCUGGGCAUUUUCCUGACUGACCUCACCAUGCUGGACGCCGCUGUCAAGGACAGACUGGAGAACGGCUACAUCAACUUCGACAAACGGCGCCGGGAGUUUGAGGUUCUCGCCAAAAUCCGUCUCCUCCAGUCGUCCUGCAGAAACAGCAACUUCCGGACGGACGAGUCGUUUGUGCACUGGUACCACAGCGUCCCCAUGCUGAGCGAGGAGGAAAGCUACAGACUGUCCAAUCAGAUCGAGCCUCAGUUUGACCCGAGUCCAGGACGUCUUUCACAUCCUACCGUGGUUAUCACAGAGUGUCCUGACGCUCUUUCUGCUGUGACUGGUUCAGGCAUGGAUGCUGAUGGAAUAUUUGAAUUCCAUUCGCCUGUCAAUCAUCUGCUCUCCAGGCUUGCCAAGCACAUGAAAUCUCCUUCUGUUUCCUGUCUGGAUGUCGAGUCGUCUCCACCCAACGAUCCUACCCCCGCCAUCAUGACAACACUCAGCAGUAAUACCUCGAAAACCCACCGGCGUUCCGUAUCGUGCGGCAACACUCCAUCUAAUCACGCACCGGGGGCGGGGCCAGAUAUGCGAAUCGUCAAAAUACGGAUGGAUUUACAGGACGGGAAUUUAUACCGAAGCAUUCUGGUUACUAGCAAUGACAAAAGUCCCUCAGUGAUCAGCUCAGCGUUAGAGAAACACAACCAAGAUCCCCGAGAGUCCUCCAAAUAUGAGCUCAUCCAACUGCUUCCUGAAGGAAAAGAGCUUACAAUACCCGCCACCGGAAACGUGUUUUACGCCAUGAGCUCAGCCAGCGUGGACUUCCUGUUAAGGAGACGAGGAGGAAACACGCCACUGGGAUCGCCGUCGCUGAACAAUGAGACCAGCUCAACUUUUCCACGAAUCAAGGCCAAGGGGCGGAGGCUGAAGUUCAACUAAGACAGCGGCGAGAACGACAACCACGCCGAUGCCUUCACUGCCGGUGUUUUGCGGCUUUCUACCUCGAACGGAGCGAUACCUUUAUUAGCAUCAGAUAAACACUGCAAUGAUAAACGACUACGAAACCAUGACUGCAACUCUGUGUACCAAAACCACGUGUAGCACUAAAGGGUACUAAUGCACGUUGACGUCAUACAGUGAAUUUACUUUACACAAGAUAAAUGAAACACACACUGCCAUUUUGUGAACCAAGUAUGCAAACGUGAGGGUCUGAUGAAAUCUCACAGUGAUGCUCAUUUUAUCCACAUCGUGUCUGAUUAGCGAAGGCAACAAGCUCACUGAGAAACGCAACACUAAAGUCAAUAAAUCUGAACUGUGUAAUAAAUAUGUUAUAAAAGUAAACAUGUACAUGUGUAAAUGUGGCUUCAUGUCAGAGCUGGCUGGCGUUCUGAUGAACCCUGGAAUGCUGAGGUGCGUCUGCUCUGGACGCUCUUGAAGUUUGGUCUGAACUGAAGCACCGGAGCUUUCGGCUCAGCUCAGGACAGAGGAAUCGGCUCUGACCAUUUUGUUUGUUUUUUGUGGCGAAGUGCCUCGCUAUCAGGUGCUUCCUCUCGCUCGCCUUCUGCCGUGUUGCUCAGGAUAAGCUAACGUUUGUACAUUCAACUCUGAAUAGAUAACCGGGAUUAUGCAAAAUGUAUACCAACAUAUUCUUGUAUGCAAUAAAUUCUCAUUUUG